AAAAAAUGUAAGCGUCAUCUCGCUUUUUUUUUUCUCCUUCUCUCUUCUUCUUUCUCGCUUACCAUCAUCAUAUAUUACAACAUACAGAUACUUUGUAUACAAAUAAAAAAAAGCACAGCUACGUAGAAACAUCCAUUCACCGAUUGCCACAACCAACCAUCAACAUAAUGCAUCUAUCGCCAUUUGUACUAUCAUCCCUCGGCGUAUCUCUAUUACUAUUAUCAACGCAAAUAGUAUCAGCCGUGACCAUCUACGUGACCUAUUGCGGGCAGAACGAUGCAAUCACGAUUAUGGUACCACCUGACACAUGCUCAAAGAAUCUGGCGUACCAAGAUUUUUGUGGAUUCACGACGGAAGAUACUUCAACCAUCUGCAACCUCUAUAAUGAUUUGGAGUGUCAAGAACAACCGUUAUAUACUGGUACAAGCCUCAGUGCGCAAAACAAGGGCGUGGUUGCUUCGAUAAAAUGUCAAUAAAAAACGCUUUCAUUCCUGGCCUCACUAUCUUAUUGUUGGGAAAUAAAACCAAGCAUAUUAUUAUCGAAUGAAAGAAUUGAUUUGAAAUAAAAAAGAAGGGGCAGCUGCAGUAAUUCGG